CCAUGGAGACCGGUACAGCUUCUCCAUCAUACGCAUCUAUUAGAACCUUGGUCCUGCGAGAUGCCAUCGAAUAGGGGUCAUAGUAUCCGAGACGAAGACAUGGAAUCCACUGUACGGGAUGCACUCUCUUUCCCCUUCUCUUCUUUUUUCCGCAUUUUGACAUGGAGAAUGCUUUUCUAUAGGGUAUUUUUGAGAGUCCCAUAAAGUCGAUUUAGGAUCCCUCAGGAUCGAAUCCCCUUUCCACUCAUGAGCUCAACCGCAAGCCGACUGAGUCAGGCCGGUUUUGGCCCCCAAAUCCACAGUCCCCAAUCACACAUACAUGGCAGAUACUGCAUCUCAAACUCCAAAGCAGUUAUGUUUAUAAAGCACACAGGAAUGUACCAAAAUAAAAUGCGUAAUGAUUCCUCCAGUUCAUUCUCCGUCAAAUUGCUCAGCUCCGCAAAUUGUCACACUACAAGUACUGUACAGUACAUACAACAAAACAACAAACUCAGACAUGGCGAACCCAGGGGAAACCGCAACAACACAAACAAACCCCUUAACCGCACCGCAAAGUCAAAUCAUGUCAACAAGCACCACCCCAAAGUCAAACCCCCAAGCAGAACUCAUCGCAUCCCUCACCAACCCCCUAAGGCCCUUCGCAAAGUACAAACUCCGCUCGUACCAAACCGCCCACACAGCGCACCUCCCCCUGCUGCAACACCACCACCAAAACCAUUACCAACGCCCAACCGUGGUCCUCCUAGGCGACUCAAUGUUUGAGCGCAUGACCACAACAGGCGCUUCGCCGAACCUGGUCGCGCCCUGGCCGUCAGCGGCCAUGCUUCCCGACGACCAACUCCCCCCGGGCAUGGAACGGUUGGAGGGGGUGUUUAAUGCUGGCGUGGGAGGGGAUAGGAUACAGAAUGUUGCGUUUCGGCUUGUGGGUCACGGUCACGGUGUUGGCUUGACUCAGAGUUCUGAUCCUGAAGCUCGUGCUGGAUCGGCUGGGGUUGAGGUGACUGACAAUGGAGAUGGAGAGGUGGGAGAGGAGAGGGAGGAAUUGACUGGGUUGAUGCAGGCGUUGGUGGAUUGUGGUGCGGCGGUCAAGCUGUGGGUUGUGCAGAUGGGCACGAAUAAUCUGACGGUUAAGAAAGGGUUGGUCGAUAAGGAUGUGGAGGCGAUGAAGGUUUUGCUUAGGGGGUUGUUGGCGUUUCCGCUGACAGGUAUGGAAGAGGGGCGUGAAUCGAUGGUUCUGGUGACGGGGUUGUUUUAUCGGAGGGAUGUCUCUCGCGCCUUGGUGGAUGAGGCAAACAAGAAGUUGGUGGUUAUGGUGAAGGAACUGAACGAGGAGGUCCAGCGAGAGGGGGUUGUCUUUCUCCCUGCAACGGAGAAGGUCAAGACGGAGGAGCACCUUGUCGACCAUGUGCACCUGAGCCUGGAGGGAUAUCAGCUCUGGGUCAGGGAGCUAUUUCCCGCUGUAGUCAGUUUGUUAGAGAAGGUCGGCGGAGACCCGGCUUGAUCUUACAUGACCAACGUUCAGCAAUUGAAUGGACGUUGA